AUGGUUGAAGAAGGUGCAUCACAACUAGAAGAAUUGUUUGGAGAUAUUGCACAAGAUGAUGUAAGUGAUGAUGAUAACAAUGGUGAUUUAUUGGAGGAUGAUACAAUUCCUCAUGUUUCUGAUUCAUCGGAGGAUGAGUACGAAGACAAUGAGGACAUGGUACAAUUUCAUCCAAAUUAUAUAAAUCCAGAUGAGCUUCUACAUUUGGGAAAAACCUUCAAUACUGCAGCAGAUUUUAAGUAUGCAUUGGUUAAGUAUUCUUUGAAGACAGAGUAUGAUGUGAAGCUGUAUAAGUCAACGACUAAGAAGCUUGGAGCAAUUUGUUCAUCAAAAGAGUGUCCAUGGAGGGUUACUCAAAAGAUGUUAAAAGUUCCUGUAAUUGCCGAGCUGUUUGAGGAACCUCUUAGACUGAAUCCAAAACUUUCACCAAAGGAGAUGAUGGAGUCUAUAAAGGCAGACUACAAUCUGAAUGUUACACUGUUUCAGUGUGAACAUGCAAAGAAAAAAGUGGUGGAAAAAAGAAGGAAGAUGCAUGGAACACAAUUUGGUAGACUAUGGGAUUAUGAGAAAGAAAUCCUUGUAUCAAAUCCAGGGUCCACAAUGGACAUUGAGACACUUCCAGGUGAGUUGUUGGCUGCGGUUGGAAGAGAUGCAGAUAAUAGGAUUUUCCCUAUCGCAUGGGCUAUAGUUGACAUUGAAAACAAUGAUAACUGGGAAUGGUUCAUCAAACAUAUCCAAACUGAUUUGGAUCUUGGACAAGGAGACAACAUGACAAUAAUAUCUGAUAAGCAAAAGGGUUUGGUAAAUGCUGUGCAUAAUGAGCUUCCACAAGCUGAGCAUCGAAUGUGUGCUCGACAUAUCCUUGCAAACUGGAGAAAAACUAACAAAGAUAAAGAGUUGGAGCCUAUGUUUUGGAAAAUAGCACGAAGCUAUACUAUAGGAGACUUUGACGACAACCUUGAAGCAUUAAAAACCUAUAAUUCAGGUGCGUAUGAUUCCCUACAACGCACUGCACCUACUACAUGGUCUCGGGCUUUCUUUAGGGAAGAUUCUUGUACUAUUGACAACUCGAACAACUUGUCUGAAUCUUUCAACAAAACCAUUAGAGAAGCUCGACGAAAACCAUUGCUUGAGAUGUUAGAGGACAUUAGAAGACAAACUAUGGUACGUAACGCUAAACGGUCUACUGCUGGAAAUAGAUGGAAGGGGAAAUUUACAAAAAAAGCACAAGCUGAGAUUGAAAAGAGUCGAGCUGAUUCAAAAGAUUUCAUUCUGUAUCAAACCACAGGUGAUGAAUAUGAAGUUGAUGAUCACGGGACUGGAUAUCGUGUCGACGUACAUUUGAAAACGUGUGGUUGUCGAAAGUGGCAGCUGAAAGGGAUCCCUUGUAAUCAUGCUAUGUGUGUUAUCAUAGGGAAAAAACUAAACCUUGAUGACUAUGUAUCAGAGUAUUUUACUACUCAUAAAUGGCAGCAGACAUAUGCUCGGGGAAUGAGAGUUGUACAAGGAAUGAAGUUGUGGCCACGUUUAAACAGACUCCCUAUUAUACCACCAGACCCAAGACUAAAACGAGGAAGAAAAAAGAAUCAUAACCGACGUAAAGAACCUCACGAAGAUUCAUCAAAAAAGGGAAGAAUGACAGGCCGAAGAGAUGUUGCAGAGAUAUGGAUAUACUAA